AUGUCUCCCCUGCCUGUCCUGUCUGCCCUGUCUACACCGCCUGUCCUGUCUGUCCUGUCUACACCGCCUGUCCUGUCUGUCCUGUCUACACUGCCUGUCCCGUCAGCCCUGUCUACACUGCCUGUCCCGUCAGCCCUGUCUACACUGCCUGUACUGUCUGUCCUGUCUGCCCUGUCUACACUGCCUGUCCUGUCUACACUGUCUACACUGCCUGUCCUGUCUACACUGCCUGUCCUGUCUGCCCUGUCUACACUGCCUGUCCCGUCAGCCCUGUCUACACUGCCUGUACUGUCUGUCCUGUCUGCCCUGUCUACACUGCCUGUCCUGUCUACACUGUCUACACUGCCUGUCCUGUCUGCACUGCCUGUCCUGUCUGCCCUGUCUACACUGCCUGUCCCGUCAGCCCUGUCUACACUGCCUGUACUGUCUGUCCUGUCUGCCCUGUCUACACUGCCUGUCCUGUCUGCCCUGUCUACAACGCCUGUCCUGUCUGCCCUGUCUACACUGCCUGUCCUGUCUGCCCUGUCUACACCACCUGUCCUGUCUGCCCUGUCUACACCGCCUGUCCUGUCUGCCCUGUCUACACUGCCUGUCCUGUCUGUCCUGUCUACACCGCCUGUCCUGUCUGCCCUGUCUACACCGCCUGUCCUGUCUGCCCUGUCUACACUGCCUGUCCUGUCUGCCCUGUCUACACUGCCUGUCCUGUCUGCCCUGUCUACACCGCCUGUCCUGUCUGUCCUGUCUACACCGCCUGUCCUGUCUGUCCUGUCUACACCGCCUGUCCUGUCUGCCCUGUCUACACCGCCUGUCCUGUCUGCCCUGUCUACACCGCCUGUCCUGUCUGUCCUGUCUACACCGCCUGUCCUGUCUGUCCUGUCUACACCGCCUCCUGUCCUGUCUGUCCUGUCUACACCGCCUGUCCUGUCUGUCCUGUCUACACCGCCUGUCCUGUCUGUCCUGUCUACACCGCCUGUCCUGUCUGCCCUGUCUACACCGCCUGUCCUGUCUGUCCUGUCUACACCGCCUGUCCUGUCUGUCCUGUCUACACCGCCUGUCCUGUCUACACCGCCUGUCCUGUCUGCCCUGUCUACACUGCCUGUCCUGUCUGCCCUGUCUACACUGCCUGUCCUGUCUACCCUGUCUACACCGCCUGUCCCGUCAUCUCUGUCUACACUGCCUGUCCCGUCAUCCCUGUCUACACUGCCUGUCCCGUCAUCCCUGUCUACACCGCCUGUACUGUCUGCCCUGUCUACACCGCCUGUCCUGUCUGCCCUGUCUUCACUGCCUGUCCUGUCUGCCCUGUCUACACCGCCUGUCCUGUCUGCCCUGUCUACACCGCCUGUCCUGUCUGCCCUGUCUACACCGCCUGUCCUGUCUGCCCUGUCUACACCGCCUGUCCCGUCUGUCCUGUCUACACCGCCUGUCCUGUCUGCCCUGUCUACACCGCCUGUACUGCCUGUCCUGUCUGCCCUGUCUACACUGCCUGUCCUGUCUGCACCGCCUGUCCCGUCUGUCCUGUCUACACCGCCUGUCCUGUCUGCCCUGUCUACACCGCCUGUCCUGUCUGCCCUGUCUACACCGCCUGUCCUGUCUGUCCUGUCUACACCGCCUGUCCUGUCUGCCCUGUCUACACCGCCUGUACUGCCUGUCCUGUCUGCCCUGUCUACACUGCCUGUCCUGUCUACCCUGUCUACACCGCCUGUCCUGUCUGCCCUGUCUACACCGCCUGUCCUGUCUGCCCUGUCUACACCGCCUGUCCUGUCUGCCCUGUCUACACCGCCUGUCCCGUCUGUCCUGUCUACACCGCCUGUCCUGUCUGCCCUGUCUACACCGCCUGUACUGCCUGUCCUGUCUGCCCUGUCUACACCGCCUGUCCUGUCUGCACCGCCUGUCCCGUCUGUCCUGUCUACACCGCCUGUCCUGUCUGCCCUGUCUACACCGCCUGUACUGCCUGUCCUGUCUGUCCUGUCUACACCGCCUGUCCUGUCUGCCCUGUCUACACCGCCUGUACUGCCUGUCCUGUCUACCCUGUCUACACCGCCUGUCCUGUCUGUCCUGUCUACACCGCCUGUCCUGUCCGUCCUGUCUACACAGCCUGUCCCGUCUGUCCUGUCUACACCGCCUGUCCUGUCUGCCCUGUCUUCACUGCCUGUCCUGUCUGCCCUGUCUACACUGCCUGCCCUGUCUGCCCUGUCUACACCGCCUGUCCUGUCUGCCCUGUCUACACUGUCUGCCCUGUCUACACUGCCUGUCCUGUCUGCCCUGUCUACACUGCCUGCCCUGUCUACACUGUCUGCCCUGUCUACACUGCCUGUCCUGCCCGUCCUGUCUACACUGUCUGUCCUGUCUACACUGCCUGUCCUGUCUACACUGCCUGUCCUGUCUACACUGCCUGUCCUGUCUGUCCUGUCUACACUGCCUGUCCUGUCUACACUGUCUGUCCUGUCUACACUGCCUGCCCUGUCUGCCCUGUCUACACUGCCUGUCCUGUCUGUCCUGUCUACACUGUCUGUCCUGUCUACACUGCCUGUCCUGUCUACACUGCCUGUCCUGUCUACACUGCCUGUCCUGUCUGUCCUGUCUACACUGCCUGUCCUGUCUACACUGAUAGGUACAGGUGUGCCACAGCAACAUCUACAACAGUAG